CGAGUCCGGAUUCUGAACUGCUGGCGCCCAUUAUACAACUUGGCAGAUGAACGGCCAUUAGCCUUCUGUAACUUAUACACCGUAGCUGAUUCCGACCUCCGAGCCGCAGACAGAGCUUCGCGUGAAUACGUCGGAGAGAUAUAUUACAUGCAGUACAGCGAGAAUCAGAAGUGGUAUUGGAUCAGUCGUCAGACUCCUGACGAGAUUCUGUUGUUUGUGAAUUAUGAUAGCGAUCCAAAGGAUGGGGGUCCUAAUGGUGAGAUUCCUACUUAA